GUGACUGACUGACAGACAGACAGACCCCUGCGCCCUCGGUGACUGACAGACAGCCCCGAGCCCACCCCCAGGCAGCUGCUGCGUGUGAGGGAGAAGGGGGUGGGGCCGGCAGGUAUGGAAGGGGGCGGCCCCGGGCUGUGGCUCUCCGCGGCGUUCGAGACUUCAGCUCCCGGGGCAGGCAGCGCUGGACAGGCCCAAGCCGAGGGCCCUAGAAACGCCAUGAGGCCUGGACCCAGCGGAAACUAAAUGGAGCCGGGUCCGCAUCAGGCGAAGAGGCCGCGGCUGGAGGCCGAGCCCGAGGCCCGGCGGAGCGGGGGGCCAGGUCCCGAGGCCCGGGCCCGCCAGGACGGAGCCUAUUUCCACUCGUACUCGGACGUGUCGAUCCACGAGGAGAUGAUCGCGGACUCGGCGCGGACCGGUUGCUACCGCCGGGCCCUACAGGGAGGCCUGCGGCCUGCGGCCGGGCUCGAGCCCCGGGCUCGAGUGAGCCUGCUGCGGGACCGCACGGUGCUGGACGUGGGCGCGGGCACGGGCAUCCUGAGCGUCUUCUGCGCGCAGGCGGGAGCGGCGCGCGUGUACGCGGCGGAGGCGAGCGCGGUGAUGGCGGAGCGCGCCCGCGAGGUCGUCGAGGCGAACGGGCUGAGCGGCCGCGUGUGGGUGCUGAGGGGCCGGGUGGAGGAAGCCGAGCUGCCCGAGAGGGUGGACGCCAUCGUCAGCGAGUGGAUGGGCUACGGCCUCAUGUACGAGUCGAUGCUCCGCAGCGUGCUGCACGCCCGGGACCGAUGGCUCAAACCGGGCGGCCUGCUCUUCCCGUGCCGAGCCGAGCUCUACAUCGCCCCGGUCAGUGACCCGGCCCUGCACGAGCGCCUUUCCUUCUGGGACGGAGUCAAGGAGCAGCACGGCGUCGACAUGGCCUGCAUGGCCGCCUUCGCCCGCCGCUGCCUCAUGACCGACGAGAUGGUGGUGACCGGCCUGCACGGCGAGGACGUCCUGGCCCGGCCCACCAUGUUCGCCGCCGUUGACCUCUACACCGUCACCGAGCAGCAGCUCGAGGAGCUAGGCGGCCUCUUCUCGGUCCCGGCCUUCGGCAUCGCCACCAUGCAUGCCUUCGCCAUCUGGUUUUCUGUCAUCUUCCCGACGUCCGCCCCCACGGACCACACCGAUGGUGGGCCAAGCGGUGUCCAUGCCACCAGUGGCCACGACGAUGGUCAGCGCUCGACCAGUGACCACGACGAUGGUCAACGUUCAACUAGUGGCCCUGAUGAAGCACAACAUAUGACCAGUGGUGGUGCUGAUGGUCAGCAUGCAACCAGUGGCUGUUCUUAUGGCCAUCAAGGGACCAGUCCCCGUGCUGACAGUCAGUGUGCAACCAGCAACAAUGGUCAUCGUGCGUCCACUGCCAAAGCCUUUACAUCCCGUGUAACCAGUGCACACAUCAGCAAUGGAACUGUUGAGAGCCGCUUUGCCGUCACAGCCAAUGGUGACAAUCUCUGUGAAUUUGAUCUCAGUAAUGAAACUAACCCUGUUACAUUUGAUGCCAACACUGAUGAAUCUGAGCCAGUUGUUUUGUCGACCUCACCUUUUGCAGAGGAAACUCAUUGGAAACAGGCCUUGCUUUAUCUGGAUGAACCUGUGCAAGUGUUCCAGGAUACUGUGAUAAAAGGAAAAAUAACUUUAACUCCAGCUGUAGAUAAUCCACGACAUCUCCGGGUAUCCUUGGUUUACGAGAUUGGAGAUAGUGGAAAGAAAACAAAAGUAUUUAAAAUGGGGGAGGAUUUCUCUUCCUUUGAGUAACACUUUAUCGCUGCUUGCACCCAAAUGGACCCAUAAGUGCCUGAACAGUUAAACGUUUUUGCUGUUUGUUUUCCAAAACGAUUCAGUUGUUCUUUGAAUGACUCAUUGUGAAAAAAUUGCCUUAACUCAAUUAACCCAUGCAGAGAGCCAAAGGAAGGAAUGGGCAAGUCAGGAAGAAACAUACAGCCCUAAAAUGUCAUUGACUUGCUGGAUUGAUGAAUGUGGGACAAAAAUAAAUUAAUUCAGAAUGGUUGCUGCUUUUGAGUUGCCAUUCGUGCAUGUAUACUUAAGAAUUUUAAUAACUUAAUGAACAAACUUUGUUUGGUUUGUCGCUCCAAUGUAACUUGUAUGUGAAUUUUUGCACUGGUGUUUCUCAUGGUAAAUUACUAGUUGCCUACUCUGAGUUAGUGUUCAUGCAAAGUAAAUUGACUCUCACUUGAAACAUUUUCUGGUGCAUUCAUGCAGCCCAAGUGGUAACUAAACUAAUUACUGCUUUGUGCUGUUUUAGCUGAUUGCUGUCAGUGUUAGCCUCAGUAUCCUUGUGAAAAGGAAAAGGACCACGUUCUAUUUCGAAAGAAAAUAAGACACAAGUCACUGUUUUGGAAAAUCCUAUGUCAGUUGGAUCACAGGGAUCUUACUUGAAGCAUCAACUUUUAAUUUUAAAUGCUGGCUAACUUGUGUUUUUGCAAUUUCUUUACUGGUUCAUCACAAAGUACCAUUGCAACUUUGUACCUUUGCAAACCCUUGCAGAAAAUAUUAAUAGAUCAAUCAAUUUUCAGUCACAUACAGUUUUGAGCUUUCUGAAACGAAUGACUCUUUUCUAAAAUUGUUUGAUUGAGCUCUGAACACUGUAUCAACAAUGAGAUAAAACCAGUACUAAACCUGUCCUUUCUUGUGUACUGUGAAAGUGUUAUGGGAGAGGUCUAAAACCCCAAGAGGUGCGUUGUUACAGAACACUUACCAUAUCCAAAUGGACAUAUAAUAUUUUAUGUAUCAAGCAGGCCAAAGAAGUGUGUCACGCUGUUGGUGUUUUAAAUUGUACCAAAUUUGAUAUUUUGUUGAAUUGUCGAAAUGAACACUAUUUAUUUAUAAAACAUAACAAAGUGCUGUUUAUUUUUCUUUAUGCAUUCAUGAUUGUUUGGCUGUGUGGGCAUAUAUUGCAAUAUACAGUGGAUUGUGUUUGUAUCACAGUAUACAGUUGGCUAUGUGUGUGUGUAUUAUUGUACAUUAGACCAUAAAUUAUAGGGGCAGAAAUAAGCCAUU